CUAGGGCAACUGAUUAUCAAGUUUGUCCUAUUGUAUACCAUAGGUAGGCAUUCAUUGCAUUGGGAGAGGGCGCAGGAAAAUCAGGAGAGAUUAGUUCUAACUAUAGUGCUGAAGAACCUAACAUCGAGACCUAGUCAAACCUCAAUGAUGGGAUUUCCCUGCAUGAAGCUGAAAAAGAUCCGCUGUGUUUUUUUUAAACUAACAAGUCUGACGCUAUGCUUGACCAUUGUGUUGUUCCUGUAUAACAACGGUAAUCUGACGGUCAGAAGAGGAUUGUCCUACAACUUCGCUAUGAUCAGCAGAGAGAGGGCAGCUACAAUGGACACUUAUCACACUGAAACUCUUCAGUGCGUGAUGCCUAAGUUGGGCGUCAAUGAUUCAAUCAUGAUGAAGUUCUACAAGAAAAUGGACGCAGUAACAUGUAAAGGGGAGAAGAAUUGGGUUUUUGCUGAAAACGGAACUUUGCGUUUUGCGGAAAACCUCACGGAAAUACACGGAGAGGUGAAAUGCGAUUUUAUACCAUUUUUCCGGGGUGAGAAUGAUUAUAAAGUUACUUAUGGCGAAAAGGUUGUCGGAAUAAAAGACGGUUUUCCGUUGGUGUCGGAUUUUUUCAAGGUGUCUUGUAAUUCCAGUAAAGACAAUGCGAGCUAUACGAACCUCCACGCUGGGGUGUUUGUGAACCAGACGAUCAAAGACAGGCUCAAGCUGACCAAACCUCCAGCCAACGGUCUGGGACUGUCUGUGGCGCUACUAGGGUUUGAUUCCAUGUCCAGAAUGUCCUGGCUGAGACGGAUGCCAAAGACCAGAGAGUAUCUGGUCAACACGCUAAAGGCGAUAGAGCUGGAAGGUUACAACAUCUUGGGGGACGGGACGCCGGCGGCGUUGUUGCCGAUCCUGACAGGCAAGCACGAGCAUGAGCUACCAGAAGCCAGGAGGGGCUUCAAUGGAUCACAUCCGGUUGACAGCUUUCCUUGGCUGUGGAAAGAUUUUCAAAAGCGUGGAUACGUCACUUCCUGGGCGGAUGCGGAAAUUGUCAUCGCCCCCUUCAACUACAGACUCUUGGGGUUUAAAUACCAGCCUACCGACUACUUUAUGCGGACAUUUUUUCUAGCGGUGGAUCCAACGUACAAGAAAUACAGUCGCUUCUGCCAUGGAUCCGAACCCAAACACAUGGUCUGGCUCAACUGGGUUCGUGACAUUUUCUACAUGUACAAAGAUGACCCGAAGUUUAUGGUCCACUUCUACACACCACUGAGUCACGACGACAACAACCUCAUCACUAUGACUGUUUCAGAUGAGGCUAGUAUAUUCAUGUGUUUGGUUCAGACUGUUUCAGAUGAGGCUAGUAUAUUCAUGUGUUUGGUUCAGACUGUUUCAGAUGAGGCUAGUAUAUUCAUGUGUUUGGUUCAGACUGUUUCAGAUGAGGCUAGUAUAUUCAUGUGUUCGGGUUUAGUCUGUUUACACAGAUAA